AUGUACACCUUAACAUUCCUAGGGAACAAUAUUUGUUUCACAGCUUCAAGCAGUGACUCCCAUGCUGACAGUAUUUUCCGUUCAUACUUUGCUGUGCUCCAGCUCGCCCGCUACUCCACCGAGGGUCUCCUCCAGCUUGGACCCCUGGGGUCGACCACAUUUCUUCCUGACACAAAAUGUCUCAUCGAUGACGGCAGAGGACGCACCCCGAGUCUGAAAAAAUGUGACGCCGUCUCCAGGAUUUCCCAACGGCUUUGGGAUUUUAAAAAGAACGGCCCGAUCAUCAACAGAGACACGGGUCGGUGCUUGGAGGUCGAGAUGUCCAAAGAUGCCAACUUUGGCCUCCGCCUGGUGGUGCAGAGAUGUUCCGGUCAGAAGUGGAUGAUACGGAACUGGAUCAGGCACCCCAGGCACUGAGGAGGCCGUCGUUUCCCAGACAUCUUGGCCAGCAUCUGCAGUCGCAGCAGCAGACCACUGAGGGAGGAGCAGAAACCGGUUUAUUGCUGCGAGGCGUGGGAUUUCACGCUACGAACUUGCAAAGCACGCCGACCUCCAACUCGGGCGAUGGAGGUUCCACUGCGACGAGUCUUAAAGAAGAACACGAUCAAUGUAUUUGUUCCCCUGAGCUGCUUCCUCACCUUCAGCAGAGCUGCACUGUUUGAAAUGGCCAACCUCUCUGACACUCAGCCAUAUGUAUAGAGCACAUCCCCCUUUGUGCAGUCCAGUUCAAUAUUCUGCGGCAGUGACUCUACUGUAAAACUCUCGCUUCUUAGGAAGAAAAAGAAGAAGAGGAGGAAAAGACAUGUAGGGCUUUUUGGGGUCUAUUGACUUUCACAAGGUGGACUGGGGUAAAUUAGGAGAGAUAAUUGUUAUCAAUGGCCAGAUGAAACUGAGUCUUUCGGGAGUAAUUUGAGGAAGUAGCUGUGGACAUAACGUGCCGCCCUGGCAGGACAUGUAAUGAGCUCCAGAGCUGCUGGCUGUCAUCCAAACUGGAGCGACUUCACCUGUACUCACACUUCUUUGUUUCUGUGGACUGUAUGGCUCACUGUGGACUAAAAAAAAAAAAAAAAAAAGCAAUCAUGUGCCUUUUGUUUAUGAUUUUUUCAGCUUCAUCUGACCUGAGAAUGUCAGUCCCAAAAGCAUGUAUAAAGCUAUUUGAAAGUUAAAUUAUAAAAAGUGUAUAAAGCCGUUUAAUAAUAGUAAUAUAUUGUAAAAAAAAAAAAGAGAGAGAAAGAGAAGAAAACGAAAGUGUAAAAUUGAUAAAUGUCCUCACAAUCAAAACAAUUACUAUUAGAAUAUUAAAAACCCUUUUUAUUAGUCGCCUGUCUUUCUUUUUCAAUAUCUUCUUUAACGAAUGAAUGUUAGCUUUUUUUCUUCACGUUGUGCUAGCAUUGUGUUCGGUGAAUACUUGCAUUUUCUUUUGUGCCGGGCCCGCUGCUGACAUCGACAGAACAAUUGCUUGUUUUUGUUGAGGCCGCUGUUACAGAAAGCUAAAGUCUCCGUCAUGUUUGUGUCCCUCUGCUCUGAUUGAUCCAGACCACUAACUGGAAAGAAGUUCUUCAAAAAGACACACACAGACUUUCGAUGGCUUCUUGUCCUUUCCACGAUACAAAGAGAUGUUUUAUGCAACGCAUAAAACAAAUGCAGCAUGCACAAGCAGCGGUAGGAUUUACGUUAGUUUCAAGAGAAAUAUUUGAGCAAAAAGAGAUAUUUUGAAGGAGGAUCUCAUGGUGUGCUUCAACUCAUUACAGUAGAAGUGUUUCCAUAAAGAAAAUGAAAUGUUAGUAAUACAUAUUAUAUCAUCCAAAGUAUUUUCUUGUUUUCUAAUUCGCAUAUCAAUUUGAGUGACAUCCAACCUUCCAGAAAGGUUUUCCAGUUGGUGUGUUUCUGUGGAUUUGCUUAGCACUGACAUCAGACAGUAGCUGCGUUUCCACUGCAAAUGUGUGAACAAUUUAGCGAAAAAACACAAUUAAAGUCACGCUUCACGUCGUUCACGUGCUGCGCCGUCAUCCGACCACUUCCUGCUGGUCUCGAAGUUGUGAGUGGAAAGCAGCCGCCCACAUUAAUCCCCAAUGUACUCCACUUUAAAGUUGAAACUGUGCAGGCAGGAGAGUACCAUUCUCCCUGUAACUCCCAAACCCAGACUCAUUCGUUGGAUUGCCAGACACAGAGGCAUCAUUUUUCACUCUACUGCUUUAAACCAGAGAAAGCCUGCUGUACGCCACUGCAUCUGACGCUCUGCGUUGCUUGGUGAUGUAAGACUUGGAUUCAGAAGAGCUUUUCUAGAACCUCUAUUCACACAUGAAGGGUACAUUAAGUUUUGAGCUCUGACUGUAGAAAUCGACUAUAUACAGUACCUCACGCCUGAUAUGUUGCGUUAUUUUUGUGCCACACAUAAAUUUGUGCAUACAAAAAGCUCCUUUUCACCUUCAAUUGCCCAAACCAUCUUCUUCUGACUUGUUUGAUUUCUCUGUCUUUAUUGACAAUAUGGUGCAAAAACACCAUAUUUGUGAAGCGUUUGGUAGUUGUUUUUUUUUUGUAAUGACAGCUAAUCCCACCUGAGCUGUGGAUCUCUGUUGCUCCUUCAAAGUUACUCUAUUUUUUAAUACUCCUUGCCCUUCUUUGUCAGUUCAGCUAAAAGGCAGUGUUGCCAGCUCUUUGCCAUCUUUGAAUGUUGAAUUAAACAUGGUUCUUUGAAACCUC